CUGGGACAUGCCGUACCUGGACAGACAGAAUCGUGUCUGUGGAUUUUUGGACAUUGAGGAGCAUGAGAACAGUGGCAAGUUUCACCGACGCUACUUUAUACUGGACACUUCACACAACUUGCUCCUCUGGUACAUGGACAAUCCUCAGAAUUUGCCAGAGGGAACAGAUUGUGUUGGAAGUUUGCGACUGAGUUACAUAUCAAAGGUUAGUGAAGCCUCAGUCAAGCAGAAGCCAAAAGCUGAAUACUGUUUUGUGAUAAAUGCUUUGUCUCGACGGUACUUCCUCCAAGCCAACGAUGCUGUGGACUUAAAGGAGUGGGUUAUUGCUCUGAAUAAAGCCACCAAAAUUACAGUUCCCAAAGUAUCAGCAGGUACUCCGAGUUCCGAUGCUGCCACUGUGACGAGCCAAACUCAAUCAACGUUGCGACAGGCUUACAAAACAGAGAUUGUGGGAGGUGUGGUUGUUCACACACCAGUCCAACAGAAUGACUCAGAUGAUGUAUUUACUACUGAGGUGUCAUCACAUGUAACUCUAAGAAGAUGUCAGAGCCUACGGCCCAACGUUGUGAGAUCAGGCUACUGUGUCAAACAAGGCAACGUGAGAAAGAGCUGGAAGAGAAGAUAUUUCAUUUUAGAUGACCAAACUGUGAGUUACUAUAAGAAUGAAACGGAUAAAGACCCACUGCGCAGUAUUCGACUGAGGGACAUACAGAAAGUUCAUGAGUGCCUUGUAAAAUCAGGAGAUCUGCUGUCACGUGAUAACCUUUUUGAGAUCAUCACGAAUGCAAGAACCUUCUACAUUCAGACAGACACGCCUGAAGAAAUGAAUGGCUGGAUAAAAGAUAUUGCAUCCAAAAUCCAAGACUUUAGAGGAUUAACAAAGAGUUAUCGUUUUAGCUCUGGUUCAUCAAAGCCUCCAUUGAUGAAAUCCAUCUCCACAGCACAGUCCUGGCAGCCAUGGACCCCCGUCCCGAAAAAGAUGCCGCAAAGGAAGGAUGAAGAGUCAAGAGAGAGCACUUUUAGUUCACUGCCAUCUCUCUCACCUACAAAGGAGUGCUCUCAGCCUCUACUUUUCCAGAGGGUGCGUCACCACUCUCAGCCACAGGAAUCUAUCAGAGACAGAGACUAUCCUAGACCUACAGACAAACAUAUGCACACCUCUGAUGUUUAGAUGUGUCUUCUGCUGCUACUGCUCGCCAAAACACUGUACUGUACACUGAUCAGCCAU